AUGUCCGAAUAUAUCCAAGCAAGCCCCAUCGACCACUCUCUCGAGUACUUCAACCUGGGCACUUUCACCCGUCGGGUCACUACCCAGAGCGAAGCAGCACAGACCUGGUUCACGCGGGGCUUCAUCUGGAGCUACUCCUUCAACCACGAAGAGGCGGAGCGUUGCUUCGAACAGGCGGCAGUCCACGACCCCAACUGUGCCAUGGCGUACUGGGGCUACGCCUUCGCUGCGGGGCCCAACUACAACAAAACCUGGGCGGCAUUCGACGCCAACGACCUGCAACGAUCCGUGCCCAAAUGCCACCGGCUGGCCCAGCUCGCCUUACAACACCUCACCACCAACCCGGAUCUGACUCCCGCAGAGCGAGCCCUAAUCACCGCCCUCCCCCACCGCUACCCCUCCCCCAACGUUCCCAAAGAGUUCGACUCCGCCAAUAAAGCCUACGCAGACGCCAUGCGGACCGUCUACAACCAGUUCCCCGAGGACCUGGACGUUCGCACCCUCUUCGCUGACUCCCUUAUGAAUUGGAAGCCGCGCAAGCUCUACCACGAACAGACCGGCCUACCGAUCGAGACCUCGCCCGUUCACGAAGUCAGACGCGUCCUCGAAGAAGGACUCGCCACCCCAGAGGGGAAACACCACCCCGGCCUCCUGCACAUGUACAUCCAUCUUAUGGAGCGAUCGGCCACCCCACAGGCCGCCCUACUCGCCGCCGAUCACCUGCAGGCCCUCGUCCCCGACGCCGGCCACAUCUGGCACAUGCCCAGCCACAUCUACGUGCUGGUAGGCGACUACCGCCACGCCUUGCACAACAACCUGCAGGCAACCCGCGCCGACGACCGCUUUUUCAGCCUCCGCGGAGGGGAGAACUUCUACAGCUUCUACCGCCUGCACGACUACCACUCGCUCAUCUACGCCGCGAUGCUCCUCGGGCAAUCGCGGGCCGCUCUGGAGGCCUGCGACUGCAUGGAGCGCACAAUCACCGAGCCGAUGCUGCGCACCGAGUCACCGCGCAUGGCGGACUGGCUGGAAUUCUUCUGCGCCGUGCGCGUGCACGUCUACAUCCGGUUCGGGAUGUGGGAGGCCCUGAAGCAGCUCGCCGUCCCGGAGGAUCAGGACCUCUACUGCGUGACGACCACAAUGGUCUACUACGGCAAGGGGAUCGCGUGCGCUGCGACCGGGGAGAUUCCCGCUGCGGAGCGGUACCGGGAGCUGUAUGCGCAGGCAGCGGAGAAGGUGCCGCCGACGCGGCUGGACUUUCCGAACCGCAUUGUCGACGUGCUGAAGGUGGCGACGGCCAUGUUGGAUGGGGAGCUGGAGUACCGUAAGGGGGAUUACGAGCUUGCGUUCCGGCAUCUGCGGCGCGCGGUGGAGAUGGAUGAUGCUUUGUUGUAUACGGAGCCCUGGGGGUGGAUGGUGCCCACGCGGCACGCGUUUGCGGCGCUGUCGCUCGAGCAGGGACGGGUGGAGGAUGCGGCGCGCGUCUAUGCGGAGGAUCUGGGGCUGGAGGGAUCCUUGACGCGCGCGCAUCAGCACCCGAAUAAUGUGUGGGCUUUGCAAGGAUAUCAUGAGUGCUUGGUGAAGAUGGGCCGCCAGGCUGAGGCGGGGAUUGUCGCGCAGCAGUUGAAGGUGGCGGUCGCGGCGGCGGAUGUGCCGAUUGUUUCGUCGUGUUUUUGCAGGAGGGGGGAUGUGGGAGAUGGUGCUGCAGGGCAUGCGCAGUACUGA